UUUUAUAUCCAUAAACCAGCUUUACCUGUAACUGCAUAUUUUUUCGCAAGCACAAACACAAGCACAUAUAUAUAAACACUAUGUCUUCACAAGCUUCUUCACCUGCUUCACCCGCCUCAAUAACAGAAGAAAUUCCCACUAGAACGAUGAAAGACCUGAAGCUCAAAGAGUCUCACUUUAAAAUUUUACGAAAGGAAGAAAUCACCGGUCUAGCCUUUCUCAAGUUAACUAAAGAGGACUUUCACAGUAUUGGCCUCACAUUAGGUCCAGCAACAGUUCUUGCAGAAUUUAUCGAAGGUCUCAGUCAGAAAUUACGAAACUAUUCCUCGCUUAAAACUCUCGACGACCUGAAGGAAAUGUUACGUAGAAAUAAGGUCAAUGGGGAAGAUAUAACAAACAUCAAGCAAUUCACUCCUGGUAGGAGAUUAGUGAUGAAGAUAAGGCAUUCGAUCAUUGUAUGGAGGACAUUAUCUUAAAACUUUCGAACGUGGAGACCAUGACCGAUGCUAACGAGGCAACACGCUGUGAAUUUAUUUCAGCUAUAUUACAUGCGUCAAUUGCCAUCGCUAAAAAACUCACCUCUCAAGAUA